CGUUUUAUAUCGUAGCUCAUAGUAAGGAUGAAAUUAAACAAAUUUGAAAAAGUGCUAUUAAAAUGACACAAAACAUCAAAAUGAUUCGUAACGUUUUAAUCGCCUUGUUUCGUAUUGACCAAUCAGAGGGCGCUUUUCAACAGGUCAUACAGUCACACCAUAUUUCGUGACGCAUUAGGUAUUUAUAUACAACAUUGACGUUUGUAAACAUCAAGAAGUAUUUCGGAAGACUUGUAUUAGAAUAACAGAAAAUUCUAAGGAUUGUUGGGAAUGUCAGUGCUGCGGGCAUCAUGUUCAGGUCCUAAAAUAAUUGAGAACACAUUAGGGGGCCCUUUGAGUAUUAAAUGCUUUCAUCAAAAUAUAGAAACAAGUCAAACAUAUUCACAAAAAAAUAUCAAUCCUGAAACAGUGAAAAAAUUCCAUUUUGGUCAGACACGGAAUAAAAAAGAAGACAUCUUGAAUCGGAUAGGAAUUACCAGUGCCUUAAAAUUCACAGACAAAUUAAAAGAAACAUAUGGAGAUGUUUCCAGCAAAAUUCUCAAGACUCCAAGCAUUGUAAAAGAUUACCUAGAUAAAGCACCAUCCUUAUCUAUUAAGGAAAAGUUUCAGAAGAAAAAAGCUGUUACUUUUCCAGAAGAAGACAAUAAUGAAGUUGUAUCAAAAGAUUUUUCAUCACAAAUUGAAGAAAGUUCAGUGUUGUCAUUUUAUGACCCAACUGCAGAAACUGAAAGUAAAUAUGAACCAGUCAAGUUGACAAAAAAAGAACUGGAACAAAAUCUCAGUGAAAAUGCUUCCAUUCCAAAAAGUCAGGCCGAGGACAAAGGGCUGAGGCAUUUACUAGACAGAUUCUGGGCCACCACUGCCAAGGAUCCUACCACACAAGUAGAAGUGAAGAAAAAAGUGAUUGUAAGGAAAGACUAUGUAUCACGCUCUACUAUAUCACGAAAAACUUUAGAGCACGUCAAGUUACUAAGCCGGGCAGAAUCUUCAGACUCCAAGCUGAAACGUCUGGAAGAUUUCUGCCACCAUCUUAUAUUAUAUCCUGAUGAAAGACAAACUGCUAUGAAGCAUGGAGUGCUACCAGUUCUUCUCCGGAUGCAGAUGGCCACGUCCAGUGAGUUAGCUCUGAGUGAGAUUUCCCAGGCUCUGACCUUGAUGGGACAUGUCCAUCCGCCCAGAGGUCAGGGGGUCAACAUACUCACUAUAGACGGAGGAGGCACAAAAGGUUUGGUAGCUCUGCAGACUCUCAGGGAAAUGGAGAGACAUUGUGGAAAACCGAUCUACAAACUGUUUGACUAUGUUUGUGGGGUCAGUACGGGGUCCCUUAUUCUGGCUAUUUUAUUCCUGUAUCGACGCAGCAUUACUGAGUGUGAGGAACUGUACGUAGAAUGUAGUAGACAGAUGUUUACACAGAAUAAGACACGAGGCUACAGUCAACUGGUCCUAGAUCACUACUUUUACGAUGUAGAACUCUGGGAACGAAUUCUCAAGGAGAAGAUGGGAGGAAAGUUCCUGUCUGACUUCUCAGAGGAUCUUCUGUGUCCUAAGUACUCUGCUUUAUCUACGCUGUCUAACAUCAGCCGUCUACAGAGCUACAUGUUUCGUACCUAUAACCUGCCCCCGGGGGUGUACUCUAUGUACCCUGGCAGCUGUAAACACAGGGUCUGGGAGUGUAUCAGGGCCUCAUCUGCUGCCCCGGGAUUUUACAAACCCUUUAUUCUGGAUGAAUACAUUCAUCAGGAUGGAGGUAUAAUGCACAAUAAUCCAACCGCUGUGGCUCUUCACGAGUGUAAGCUCCUGUGGCCAGAUGAACCCAUCCAGUGUGUUAUCUCCCUUGGUAAUGGUCGCUAUGAACCCAACAUUGAACUCAUGUCUAGUCUCCCAUCGGCAAGGAAACAGAUUGACAACAUAAUAGACAGCGCAACAAAUACUGAAAGUGUACACAUGACUCUACAGGAUUUACUGCCCCCAGCCACCUACUACAGAUUCAACCCCUACAUGUCAGAUAACCUCAUGCUCAAUGAAAUCAAACCGGAGAAAAUUAAACAGAUGCAGAAAGAUGCCAGGAUGUAUCUCCGUAAAAAUGAACACAAGAUCGUCACAGCCUGUAAUCAGCUUAUGUUGCCCCGGAGAAAAACCCAGAGACUAACGGACUGGAGCAGGAAACAGAAACUAAUGAGGGCACACAAAAAGCCUGUGAUUGGUUAAAACUUGGUCAUGUGAUUUCUUUUUAUUCCUUCUCUUAUACAUGUAGAUCAUGUGAUCAAUUCUCGGUGUCUGAUUUUUCAAUGGUUUUUAUACAGAAUUUGUUAUUUAAUAUGUACAUUAAUAAGCAAUGGACGGUAGUAACAUCUUGUGGUUUUUAAGAUUCUUUUCACACAAAAUUCCACCAUUCUGCUCAAUUCAUUUAUUAAUGUUACAAGUGCUUUUUUUUGACUUGCAAAUGUGUUAUUUCAUGACAUAGAACAUGUAAUUUUAUGCUGAACUGUUUAUGAUGCUGAGGUGUAUUUGUUUUGGAUUUACCACAGAAGAGAUCAUGAAGUUUAUCAAAAUGAUCAGGGAAUUCAUUUUACCUCAGGACAGUAAUGCACUUGCAUUUACUUGUUCUUGCCAGUGUGUUGAACAUUUGAUGGAGUCAAAUGAUUAGUAUUUAAAAGUGUUUUAGUUUGGAUGCAGUUUUCUAUCUUAUUCUUUACAUAUAAGGUACUGGAUGGAUUUCUUAUUGUAAUAGGAUUCAUAUUUAGGGGAUGAUGGGGUCAUCUACAUAUACAGUGCAAAAAUGUUUAAUUUCCAUGUAAUUAUUUCACGUACACUGUACAUGUAGUGAAUGAAAAGACAGUGAAUGUGAAUUCAUGAUUAUGCUUGCAUAAUGUACGGUACUAAUAAUUAGUACACGAUCUAUAAACUGUAAAAUUUUGCAUACACUGAAAUAUUUUUGAAUGAUUUAAUUUUAACACUUGCCAUGUGCACCAGAUUUGUUGGCAAGCAUUAAACUUUUCCUGAAAAAAACUGAAACAAUUUCUCUUCAUAUCAAUCAGUGAGUGGUUCUUGUUUCUGAAUUAAGAUAUUAUACUGUCUCAUUUCACUUUUCUUGUAUUGAUCCAAAGAACAAGUUACUACCCGGUAGUACCAGUACCUAGUAUUCUGAAAUUAUUCAACUGUCUUAGGUUUGAAUUUAACCGAUACAUGUAAAUGCCUAGUAUAUGCCUACCUUUUAAAAGGAGAUUGUAAAAUCCAGCAUUAUAUGUAUGUUGCUUUGUUUUGUUUAUGUCUUAUUGUCCACAUAUAAAUGUUACUGGUCGUGUAUAUGUAUGUGAAUGUAUGUUUCUGCAUCUUACGGUUAUAGUGCUGUUAUUGUCUAAUACUUUAAGUAUUUGUCAUCUUUGUUCACAUUUUUAUGUCAAUAAAUCACAGAAAUAUG